AUGUUGUUCCGUGCUGCGGCCCGUCAAGCCGCCCCCUUGAGGCGUCAGGCUUUUGCCCCCGUUGCCCGUCGCUCCGUCACCACCGACGCUGCCUCGGCGCAUGCUGAGAACGUCCCUCAGGAGGAUGACAAGCCGUUCACCGUCCGUCUCUCCGACGAGAGCUUCGAGACCUACGAGAUCGAUCCCCCUCCCUACACCCUGGAAAUCACCAAGAAGGAGCUGAAGCAGAUGUACUACGACAUGGUUGCCAUGAGACGCAUGGAAAUGGCCGCCGACCGUCUGUACAAGGAGAAGAAGAUCAGAGGUUUCUGCCACUUGUCCACCGGUCAGGAAGCCGUCGCCACCGGUAUCGAGCACGCUAUCUCCCGCGACGACAAGAUCAUCACCGCCUACCGUUGCCACGGUUUCGCCAUGAUGCGCGGCGGUACCGUCCGCUCCAUCAUUGGUGAGCUGCUCGGUCGCCGUGAGGGUAUCGCCUACGGCAAGGGUGGUUCCAUGCACAUGUUCGCCCCCAACUUCUACGGCGGUAACGGUAUCGUCGGUGCCCAGGUCCCCGUCGGUGCCGGUCUGGCGUUCGCCCAGCAGUACAACAACCAGAAGGCCACCAGUAUCAUCCUGUACGGUGAUGGUGCCUCCAACCAGGGUCAGGUCUUCGAGGCCUUCAACAUGGCCAAGCUGUGGAACUUGCCCGCCCUGUUCGGUUGUGAGAACAACAAGUACGGCAUGGGUACCUCCGCCGCCCGCUCCUCCGCCCUGACCGAGUACUACAAGCGCGGUCAGUACAUCCCCGGUAUCAAGGUCAACGGCAUGGACGUCCUGGCCACCAAGGCCGCCGUCAAGUACGGUAAGGACUACGCCACCUCCGGCAACGGACCCCUCGUCUUCGAGUACGUCACCUACCGCUACGGUGGUCACUCCAUGUCCGACCCCGGUACCACCUACCGCAGCCGUGAGGAGAUCCAGCGCAUGCGCAGCACCCACGACCCCAUCGCCGGUCUUAAGCAGAAGAUCCUCGACUGGAGCGUCUGCACCGAGGAGGAGCUCAAGGCCCUCGACAAGGCCGCCCGCACCCACGUCGACUCCGAGGUCGCCAUCGCCGAGAAGAUGCCCGUCCCCGACAGCAACUCCCGCAUCCUCUUCGAGGAUAUCUACGUCCGUGGCAGCGAGCCCCGCUGGAUGAGAGGCCGCACUGUCGACGAGACUUUCUACUACUAG